AUGAAAAUGUAAACAAUUCGGACUAUUGAUUUUAGCAAGGCAAAUAAAUAGAUAAAGGAUCUGUCCAAUAGAUUUCUGUAGAGCAAAAUGCUUAGGAAGAACAAAGAGAAUUGCAAUCCAAAUACGGGGUCUUUAGAGAGUGCAGCGAAAUUACUCUUAGAGGCCUUGCAAAAACCUAUCUUAAGAAAUCUGAGAGAUUUAAUUAGGAUUAAGGAAUCAAUGGUUUGCGAGAGAAAUAUUUUCGAUGAAGUUUGUUCGAUGGGUUACAGUGAGAAUUCAGAUGUGGGAGAAGGGUUCAAGAUUUCUUUUGCCAACCUCAGUAUCAAGUAGGAGAGCAUUGUUGAUUGUGAGAGCAUUUAACCAACCAAUGCUCCGAUUCUAUUGUUUAUGGUGUUAUAAAACAUCCGAAAGAAGAAGAUGAUUAUCUCAUUUCAAGAAAUCAAAUAUUUUAUUCUUUAAAGGAACUUAAAAUCAGUUAAUAAGAGAUUGCAGUAUGCAAAGAGAGAACAAUUAAGAAAGAUACUAAUAAAUAAGAGGAAACAGGAGGAGUUAUUGAUGUAGGUGUACUUGAAAUAUUGGUCUCAGCAAACAUAACUUUUGAUAUUUUUUGAUCACUUCGGAUCUAAGAUUGAGAAGAUUUACAAAACCAAACUCAAUCAGCAUUUUAAUACAAUGAAAUGUUAAAUUCAAAGGAGAGAGGGAUUUAUUCGAUUAACAAGGUUUGUAAAUAUUAAAUUAUUUGAAUAUGGAUAAUGUUUGAAUAAAGUCUAUAAGAAUUUGCAUUUGCAAAAAUGUUUAUAGAAGCAAAUUCAAUCUGUGAAAUAAGGAUCUCCGAUUAUAUUUGAGUUAUUGUAUUAAUUUCAAAAUAAGUUAUAGAAAUAAAGCAUUAAAAUAUUAUUAUUACACUCAUUGAGGUAGAAGAGGAGAUUGAAGUCUUUUUCAUAUGGAUUGUAGGAUUUAGAUAAGAUUUUUAAGAAAAUAAAUUGUAGAUGGGGAUUUAACAAAUUACAAAAUAAACACCAACAUAAAAGAAUGAUGUUACCAACAAAAUAUUUAGUAAUGGCCCUCCAAAAACUAUAGGAUCGAUAAAAGCAUUGGGUUUUGCGCAAAUUAAAUUAAUGA